GCACUAUCCGCGAACCAGGAAAAAGAGCUUUUCCUACCCGAUGUUCCUUUCCGUCCUGCUGUUCAAUCUUGGAGUCGCUUUCUUAUAUUAACAGCGUCAGCAUUUUGACGUACAUAUUGUGGACGCAAGUCCAGGUCCGAUGCUACCUACAAUUCUGGUCAAGACAACGUGAACGGAUUCCAGACAAGGACGAACAGGCCCACUGCUUAUUGCGGCUUACAAGGAGGACACGCUUGUGACGUUCCUGCCUCCAGCAUUCGCCAGUGGUCAAAGGGCCAAGGCCUUUUCAAUUGAAAGAUAUUUGAAAUAGACCGCGGACUGCAAGGUGUCUCUGCAGUAUCCACGAAAAUCUUCAAUGGCUCCUGGCAGUCCAAAGCCGGUGGAGGACCUGGAGGAUGUAGGCCCAGGAGACAUGGCCAAUUAUGGGCUUGCUCUUGACGGCGACCAGCAGGCGGAGUUUGAGAUUGAGGAAGAGCAGGUUCUUCAAGGCCUGGCCCUGCUGUUCACAGAGAAGGUGCAGGAGAGUGAGCAGUUCUUUGAGGAGCUCAAGACAGGCAACGCCCGCCUUACGCUGCAUCAUGCCGAAGUGUCCGCUCUGAAAGCUUUGGUUGGCUUCGAACAAGAGGACAUCGAACGAGCCAUCAGCCUGCUCAGUGAAGCCUACAACUUGGCAACACAGGCAGAAAAGCAGAAGCGCACUCACAGCAAAGUGGCCAAGGUGAAAGGCUUCUUCCAGUGGGCCACGGGCCAGCGCGGCCGGGCCGGCAGUGAGGCGGAGGCGCGCAUGGAGGGCACCGAGAAGGCCGGGGACACGGCAGCCCGGCUGCAGCGGCAGCGGCGCCAGCGGCUGCGCGCACUGACCGUGCAGGCUGAAGCCGACCUGGUACUGGGGCUGCUGCACCUGGUUGGGGGGGGCGAACUGUCCUCGCAACCCAUCAAGGCCGGCUUCUACCUCCGCAGGGCCUGGAGCGAGUACGCGCACUGUCAGUCCAAGCUGGAGCAGGUGCUGCGAGACUACGCAGUCAUGAAGGGGCUGCAGGCCGGCCCGGACAUGGACGACGAGAGGCUGGCCGAGAAGGAGAGGGAGAUCGGCGGGGACUGGAGCGAUGAGGAGGGGGAGCCGGCAGAUAGCAAGAAGACGGGGGCCAAGGCCAGCGCAACAGUGGUGCCGAUUGAGGCGGCACCCAAGGGGACGGACGGAGAGGAGGCACAGGACGACUUCGGCGACUUUGCAGCUGCCGCCCCCAGCGCACAGACCGUCGCAGCAGGGCUGGCCCGCCUGGACCUCAGGAACGGCGGGGCUGGCAGCAGCGAGGACCCUGAGCUGGUGUCACUGCGGGCAGGGAUCCAGUUUGGAGUGGGCAUGCUGCACUGCGUCAUGUCCAUGCUGCCCCCGGCCGUGCUGCGGUCGCUGGAGUGGGUGGGCGUGGCGGGCAUCGACCGCAAGCUGGGCCUCAAGCUGCUGCAACAGUGCGCCGCCACCCACACCGGGCACGCCACCCUCGCUGCCUACGCCCAGCUGCACUACCGGAGUGUGAUCAUGGGCUUCCUGCCACGCUCGGAGGCCCACAGCAGCGUCGCUGCCGCCACCCUGACAGAAUUGGCCGCACCGUUCCGUGAGUCCACUCUGUUUGGCAUGGCACAGGUGCGCGCUCUCCGGUACUCGGCCCAGCUAGCCGCGGCGACCGCCCUGGCGCAGCAAGAGCCGCGCCGCGCGCCCAUCGAAUGCCUGCACCUCCGCCGGCACCGUCUCCACGAGCAGGCGUGGUGUACCCUGCUGCGCGGCGACAUGGAGACGGCCGCCACCAUGUUCGGGGGCCUGGCCACGGCCACCAAGAGCGGCUACCGCAAGACCUUCUACACAGCCUUCCAGAUCUCGUGCCUGUGGGAGUCGGGCCCGCGUCACUACGCUGCCGCGGCCGGCCUGCUGCGCGACAGCGUGCCCUUCAUGAAGGCGACCAGCACGCCCAUCGAGGCUUACGUCAUCAACAUGGCCGCCCAACUCAACGCAACAGACAGCCGCCCGCUCUUCCCCGCGCGCGAGCUGCUCGCGUACUGGAACGGUUUCCAGGCCAUGGACGCGGCGGCCCUGGAGGCGCACAUCCGGGUCGUCGAAGAGGCGCUGCACACGCGCUGCCAGGACGUUGGCGCGGCCGCACCCGGGGACGACGAGCCAGCCGACGAGGCGGUAGCGUCCGGCAUCCUGGCGGCAGCCAACGGACGCCCCACGGCGUCCGUCCCCGGCGCCGCCCCGCAAAAGAAGACCAAGGCUGGGUUCGGGCACGUGUGGAGUGAGCGCAGCAAGAUGCUGUGCCGCUUCCUGCUGGGCGUCCUCCAGCGGCACGCGGGCCAGGCGCAGCGCGCGGAGGACGGCCUCAGAUACGUCGUGGCGGCAGGCAACGUCGAGCAGCUGCCCAACAUCUUGCCGUAUGCGGCAUACGAGCUGGGCAGCCUGCUCAUGACGCAGCCCGCAACGGCCGGCGAGGGCGUCAAGCUGCUGGAGAAGGCGGUCGCCUUCCCGCCCCACGACUUCCAGGGCCGCCUCAAGUUUGUCGUUGCAGAGCGGGUCAACGCCUACUUUGAGCGCAAAGAGUAGCCGUUGAACGACGAGAAAGACUGGCACUCGCUGCGCUUGAUUUGGAGUAUAACUAACUAACUUGAGUUGUCAGAGCACAAAGCUAUCUACUGUAGUGCAGCUGGCUUCGUAGUAAACUCAUUGAUCCAUCUAGUAGGCAGUAGUAUAUGAUGCCUUUGCUGCAUGUUAGAUCGAUCGUGAGCAACACAGAUGCCCCUCCAAAGCAAUCUGCCAAGCUUUUACCAAUUUUGCCUAGCUAGCGUCUCCCCCGGUCCCCAUCAUGCAG